AUGGUCACCUACCUCCCUGAUCUCCGGCGGUCCACUACGCAGCAGCGAACAGACCAGUUCCUGCCGCGUGGAGCUCGGGUGUCGGAGGAGGUGGAUGGCGGGCUGCUGAGUGGCGGGAGCUGGCUGAGGCCCUGGGACUGCGGGGCCAUGAGGGCAGCUCUCUGGGCCUUGGGGCUCGGCAUCCUUCUCUUCACUGUCAGGGCAGUCCCCACUGGUGGACCCAGCGACCUGAGGCUGGCCUAUAGGCACGCUCCGUGUGACGGGGUGGUGCUGGUCCGGCACGAAGGGGAGUGGGGACACGUGUGCAACCAGGAGUGGAUGCUGAAUGAAGCAUCUGUGGUCUGUAGGCAGCUGGGCUGCGGCCGUGCCGUGGGCGCCCCCAAAUACGUCCCGCUGCCUGGAGAGGUGGUGCGGCCCUGGCUCCACAACGUGUCCUGCAGGGGCGAUGAGUCCUCUCUCCGGGGGUGCAGCCUGGGGGUGUGGGCGCGGAGCCAGUGCCCCUACGAGUGGGUGGUGGUCACUCUGUGUUCCAACGGCACUUUCCGGGAGGUCCGGCUGGUGAAGGGCCGAAGCCCCUGUGCGGGACUUCCCGAAAUCAGGAAUGUGAACGGGGUGGGCCGCCUCUGUGGCCUGCACCAGGAGGAGGCCGCGGUGUUCUGCCGGGAGCUGGGGUGCGGCCUGGCGCUGCAGGCCCCCCGCCGAGAUGGGGGCGUAGCCAGGAAGUACAUGACCUGCAGGGGCAACGAGCAGACCAUCCGGAACUGCAGACUGAACAACAAGUUCCGCAGUGGCUGCGACUUCCGGCGAGAUGCCCAGGUGAUCUGCUCAGGACACACGGAGGCCCGGCUGGCGGGCGGCGACCACCCCUGCGCUGGGCGCCUGGAGGUGAGGCGCAGCCUGACCUGGGGCAGUGUCUGCGACGCCGACCUGGACCUGGCCACGGCCCACGUGGUGUGCCGGGAGCUGCAGUGUGGCGUGGCCGUGUCCACACCUGGUGCCCACUUCGGCCGGGGCUCGGGGCUCAUGUGGAUGGAGGCCUUCUGCUGUGUGGGCAACGAGUCCCUGCUAUUCCACUGCCCUCGGGGGCCCGGGCACCAGUGUGGGCACGGCCAGGACGCUGGGCUCAGGUGCUCAGGUGAGGCCAGAAGGCUGGUCAACGGCAGCAGCGCCUGCGAGGGGCGUGUGGAGCUCCAGGUUCAGGGGGCCUGGGCGCCCCUCUGUGCCGCCCACUGGGACUUAGCAGAUGCCACGGUCCUCUGCCACCAGCUCAACUGUGGCAACGCGGUGGCCAUACACCCAGGAGGCCAUUUUGGGGACGGGGACUCAACCAUCUGGCCCGACGUGUUUCACUGCGUGGGGACAGAGUCCUAUUUGUGGAAUUGCCUGAGCACCCUGGGGGCCCCGGCCUGUGUCCCCGGCAACGCGGCCACGGCGCUCUGCUCAGGCCUCCCUGACGCCCUGCGGCUGAGGGACGGACAGAGCCGCUGUGAUGGCCGCGUGGAGGUGUCCCUGGCUGGGGUGUGGGGCCGCGUCCUGGACGACGCGUGGGAUCUGCGCGGCGCGGCCGUCGUGUGCCGGCAGCUGGAGUGCGGAGGGCCUGAGCGAGCCUACGAGGCGCCGGCGCCCCGGCGCGGGGCUGUCCCGCUGGGGCUGAGCCGCGCGCGCUGUCUGGGCACCGAGACCCGCCUAACGCAGUGCAACGUGUCCGAGUCCCCGCUGGUGUCCGCGGGGGCGUCGCGGGACGCGGGAGUCGUGUGCUCCGGGAGCCGCCGGGUUCGGCUGGCCGCGGGGCCGGGCCGCUGUGCGGGGCGCGUGGAGGUGCUUCAGGGGGGCGCGUGGGGCACCGUGUGCGACGACGGCUGGGACCUGCGGGACGCCCACGUGGUCUGCCAGCAGCUGGGCUGUGGCCACGCGCUCAGCGCCCCAGGGGCCGCGCACUUCGGGGCCGGGGCCGGGCGCAUCUGGAUGGACGAGCUGGGCUGUGAGGGCCACGAGUCUGCGCUGUGGCGGUGCCCGUCGGGGGGUUGGGGCCGGAACGACUGCGGGCACAAGGAGGACGCCGGCGUCUUCUGCUCAGGGUCAGUGGCCCUGAGGCUGCGAGGUGGCGCCGGGCGCUGUGCUGGGUGGCUGGACGUGUUUUACAAUGGGACGUGGGGCGCCGUGUGCAGUAACGCCCUGAAGGACACCUCCUUGUCCAUCAUCUGCACGCAGCUGGGCUGUGGGGAGCAGGGCUGGCUGGAGAACAGGCCCACCCACACUAGCCUGGGCACCUCUUGGGUGGACAACAUCCAGUGCCGCAGGCUGCAGAACUCCACGCUGUGGCAGUGCCCCUCAGCCCCAUGGCACCCGCGGUCCUGCGCCCGUGGGGAGGAGGUCUGGAUCACCUGUGCAGGAUUGUCAGAGAUAUCGACACAAGAUUCUGGGGAGGCCCUCAAUUGCUCCUCGACCGACAGCUGCCCAGAGGAGGGGGCACUGCGCGUGCGCGGGGGUGAGGACCGCUGCUCAGGCCGCGUGGAGCUCUGGCACGCCGGCUCCUGGGGCACCGUGUGCGACGACUCCUGGGACCUGGCGGACGCCGAGGUCGUGUGCCGCCAGCUGGGCUGCGGCUGGGCUGUGGGCGCCCUGGCAGGGGCUGCCUUCGGGCCGGGCUCUGGGCCCGUGUGGCUGGACGAGGUGGGGUGCCGGGGCAGCGAGGCGUCCCUGUGGGGCUGCCCCGUGGAGCCGUGGGGACGCGGAGACUGCGGGCACAAGGAGGACGCGGGUGUGCGCUGCUCCGGUGACAGAGGGUCCCUAACCCUGCCCCCAGCAUCAGCUGCCCUCAGGGCCGGGACUCUGCCCAUGAUCUUCAGCCUGGUCCUCGGCACGCUCCUGGUUGUCAUCUCACUGGUCCUGGGGGCACAGUGGUUCCGGGGCAGAGGAGCCUGCGGGGGUUCCGGAACGUUGGGGAAUCUGCCCUCGGAAGGUGUUUAUGAGGACGUUGGAGCUGUCCCCAUGGGGGAGGAAGACGAGGGGCCUCGAGUGUCCCGGGCCCUGGUGCUGGGAGAGGAAUAUGACGACACUGGGGAGCCCGAGGAGGGGGACGCGGACGAGGCGGCCCCCCUGAACGCCACGGGUGUGCACCUCUGCGCCUUGGCGUCCCCGGCGCUUUUCCUGCUGUACUGCUCCUAUGCCCAGGGCUCUGCUCCAGCCAGCCCCUACAUCUAA